AUGGCUCAAGAGAAUGAAAAUGCAGCUGGUCCAAGUUAUGGAACAAAGUUGGCGAUGAGUGUCGCAGGUAUCAUGGGAUUCUUCAUUUACUAUGGUGUCUUGCAAGAGACCAUUAUGAAUGAACCCUACGGAAAAACAGACUCUGGCGAGGACGUCUAUUUCACAGAUUCGACUUUCUUGGUGUUUUCGAAUCGUCUUUUCGCUGCAAUCAUUGCAGUCAUCAUUGUAAAGUAUCGUGGUGAGUCACUAAAGAAUGUAGCACCACUCCAAAAGUAUCUCGGUGUUUCGCUGUCAAACUUUUGCGCCACCUGGUGUCAGUAUGAAGCGUUGAAAUACGUCAACUUCCCAACACAGACACUCGGAAAGUGUGGAAAGAUGAUGCCCGUCAUGUUGGUCGGUACUUUCAUCAGCGGAAACAAAUACACCCUCAAAGACUACUUGAUUGCAUUCUCUGUAACCGCUGGUUGUAUGAUCUUCUUUUUAUCUGGUAAAAUUUCAUCUAGUGAUGACGAUGGAAGUACACCAUAUGGUUUGAUUUUGAUGGCUGCCUAUAUGUUUUUCGACAGUUUCACCUCUACCUUCCAAGAAAAGAUGUUCAAAGGAUACACAAUGACAACCUACGAUCAAAUGAUCUAUGUAAAUUCAUUCUCUGCUUUGAUUUGUUUAUUCACUUUGAUGUUGAACGGUAGAUUGUUCCCAGCAAUGGAAUUUGCAAUGACACACCAAAAGUUUGUAUAUGAUUCAACAUUCUUAUCGAUUUGUGCAAGUUUGGGACAAUUGGUUAUCUACUACACCAUUAAGGAGUUUGGUGCUUUGAUUUUCUCAACUAUUAUGGUCACCAGACAGGUAUUCUCGAUUCUCUUGUCGACAGUGUUGUUCAGUCAUCAACUUAGUAACGCCCAAUGGUUCGGUGCAUUCCUUGUCUUUGGAACACUCUACUACAAGACCGCUGAGGAUCAAAAGAAGAGAAAGUCUGGUCAUGGUCAUAGCCAUGGUCACGGUGGUUCAUCGUCUCACUCUCACUCCCACUCUGCUCCACAACAAUCGACUCAAUCCAGCCCAAUCGAGAUCGGUGAUAACAAAGAAAGAAAUUGA